AUGCCUGGCCGCAGAGCGGAUACAGACAGUGAAGAAGGCAACGCAAAGGAAGAAAGCAGAGAGGGGGAAGACGAAGAAGGUGAAGCAAAUGAACAUCAUCGGGAGGAUUGCGAAGACGAAAAAGGCAAAGCACAUGAGAUAGAUGAAGAAGACGAAAAAUGCGACAUGACUUACAACGCAACGUGUGGUGGUUGUGAUAAGUGCAUGCGUUGUUCAAGCUUCGAUUACCGCUCAGCAUGCGUCAAGAAAGCCUCAAAGACCCACCUACGACACCGGUUCGAAACGCUCUAUGAGCCAGAGUCUCAUAUCUUUGCCAAGUCGGAGGCGAUGAACAUGGCAGCAGGAGCUAUGGUCACGAUGAUUGAAGAACAGACCGCUCAGAGCGAGUAUCAGGUAUCAUACCAUACAAUACCCAAAGGACGUAAAGCAAGUGAGUUCUUAGGACUUCUUGGGUUACGAGGAUACGUACCAGACAGUCCCAUGAACGUUUUCAUCGACCAAUGCACAGGGGAUGUGGUGAUGGAAGAGAAGGGCCAUGGAGAGGCAUGCCACCUGGGCCGCCGCACACUGUCAUCAACGCUUACAUGA